AUGAAGGCCCAACUACUUGUCCUUGGGGCUGCUCUGGGAGGCAGUCUGGUUUGUGCCGGGGUUCCUGCUGUCAAAGAAGUCCAUGAACAAGAAAUCGAUGGAGGCCGUGGUGGUCCCGGCGGCGGCAACGCUAAGCUUUCGACUAAAGCAUUAGUGAAGGGCAUUGAACUAGAGGAGCUCAUGAGAGGAGCGCGAAAACUCCAAUCCAUCGCAUACGCAACUCCUGAGCGGAAUCGUGUCUUCGGAAGCACAGCUCACAAUGACACUGUCGACUGGCUCGUCCAGGAGCUCCAGGAAUCUCAGUACUAUGAUGUAGUCAAGCAGAAACAGGUUCACUUGUGGUCCCGAUCCGAGGCUACCUUGACUGUCAAUGGAGAGUCGAAGGAAGCUUCUCCGAUGACAUACAGUCCGUCAGGGAAUACGGAGCAGGAUAUUGUCCUGGUAAAUAACCUUGGAUGCGCGCCCGAGGAUUUCCCAGCUAGGGUAGCCGGCAAAAUCGCUCUCAUUGUCCGUGGCACAUGCCCCUUCGGUCUCAAGGCUGCCCACGCUGGCGCAGCUAAAGCUGUCGGAGCUCUCAUCUACAACAACAUCCCUGGCCCGCUUUCAGGAACCUUGGGUGACCCGGUCAACCCUGCUGGCCCCUAUCCCCCAACCGUCGGGCUUUCCAAGGAAAUCGGAGACGACCUGGCUACCCGAGUGGUAUCCGAGAAGCUGACCGGCAAACUGUUCACUAAAUCGGAGUUCCAGAACCGCACGACGUUCAAUGUCAUUGCGACAUCAAAGCAGGGGAAUAAAAGCAACGUCAUUGCUGUUGGAGGUCACUCAGACUCAGUUGAAGCUGGUAAGAACAUGUCGUAUAUACGUGAACAUUUUCACCCCCACCACCCACAAGCACAGAGCAACACCAUUAAAGAUUACUCUGACCAAAUCCAACCUCCAGGCCCUGGAAUCAACGACGACGGCUCAGGCAUCGUCGGCAACCUUGUCGUGGCCAAAGCACUCACAAAAUUCAAGGUCCCCAACGCCGUCCGGUUCCUCUUUUGGACAGCAGAAGAAUACGGUCUCCUCGGAUCUCAAUACUACGUUGACAGCCUCUCCACAGAGGAGCGUGAGAAAAUCCGUCUGUACCUGAACAUGGACAUGACCGCCUCACCCAACUAUGCCACGCAGAUCUACGAUGGCGACGGAUCCAGCUUCAAUCUCACCGGCCCCGCCGGCAGCGCAGAGAUCGAGAAACUCCUGCAAAAAUUCUACGAGGAUCGCGAGGAAAAUCAUGUCCCAUCCGAGUUCGAUGGACGAUCCGAUUACGACGCGUUUAUCUCCGUUGGCAUCCCGGCUGGAGGUGUCUUCACGGGUGCUGAAGGCAUCAAGUCUGAGCAGGAGGCAGAGUGGUUUGGCGGUACUGCCGGUGAAGCUUAUGAUCCCAACUAUCAUGGUGUUGGCGAUACUGUGGACAACCUCAGUAAGAAGGCGUGGUUGAUGAACACGCAAGCGACUGCGUAUGUUGUUGCCACCUAUGCGCUCAGCACGAAUGGGCUGCCUCCUAAGGAUUCUCCUUCUUCGGCUGAGAUGCAGACACUCUCCCAGGGCUUUGUCUCAAGCACGAAACCGUUUAAUGGCCGGUGCGAUGACCCACAUGGACAAGGAAGGAGGUGUAGUUAUUAA